GUAUCAUUUCCGAUUUACACCCAAAAAAAGUAUCAUUUCCGAAGUCCUUUUCAAUGUAUUUAAUCAAAUUUUGUUUUAACAAUUCAAAGGAAAUAAACUGAAAAUAACAUGACGUUUCUCGAAGCGUUUUUUGUUGUUUUCAUAAAGAUCAUUUGAACAUGUUAUAUUUUAGAAAACAUGUUAUCAUGUGAACUAUUAUUUUUUUUUUUUGUAACACCAUGUUAUCAUGUGAACAUCUUUGACAAAGUGAAGAAAAUAGAUUCACCUACUGACGUUGGUAAACAGAUGCAUAUACUAGUUUCUUUGCCAAUAAAGAAUCUGAAUCUGAUGUCUCCUGAUUUCGAACAACUUGCUAUAAAUAAUAGAAACCAAAUGAUUACUAAAAGAUUUGUGGAGAAUAAAAAUUCUACAAAAGACAAAUACUCCAAGCCGUGUGUGACCCAGAGGCUGACUUUUACGCAUUUUGCUUGCACAAGGAAAUUACAUUUUUUGACUCUGUAAUGGGUUUCCCAUCACUGUACACAAUAAAUAGAGUUCUUCAUUUUCUAUUUUUCAAUAUAUCUAAUCAUAUCUACUAUAACGAAAACUUGACUCCAGAAUAUAAAGUCCAUGUUUAUUAUUCAGCCUUGUUGUAAUCGUCUGAAAAUCUUAAAUGUAUUCUGGAUUAAUCAGUAAAUUAUUUAUUACUAGUUUCAAGCAAUUUUUUUAAAUAUAUACAUAUAAUUACGUGGUUUGUAAGCUAUGCGCAUCGAUUAUAGACUAAAAAGAUUCUGCUAUGGUAUAAUUUUAUUUGGUCGAUCUUGUUGGCAUUUUGCUAUAUAUUCAUUUUAAUUCAAAGGGAAUGCAUAAAAAAUUGACUUUAACAAGGAAAAUGUCGUAUUUAAGAAUGGUGGGUUCCUCGACCUCCUCCCCUUUCUUACAUCCUUCCUCAAUCUAAAAAGAAGAACUCUUUUUUUUUUUUGAACACCACUUUCAUUAAAUUUCAUGCAAAGAGUUAGGUGAGUGUCAUAACACCCUCAACCAUACAUAAAGCUUCUUUAGCUAAGGAAUCAGCAACAACAUUUUGAAUUCUAGGAAUCCAGUGAAAAGAGAGAUUAAAAGAUGGAUGAGAGUUCAGCAUUGCAAUAUCUGAGAGCACACCAUGUAUCUCCGAAAGCGACUCCUUCCUUUUAAUCGCACUAAUCAACAGGGAGGAAUCAGAUUCAACUCGGAUAGAAGAAUAGAGGUCAUGCGCUCUGCAAUAAAGCAGAGCUUCUCUUAUAGCCAGGCAUUCCGCCAUUAAAGGGGAAGCUACGUGCCACACAGGUUUCUUCAUACGGCGGAUCUCUGUUGCCGUUUGUACUAUCCAUCCAAGCCCUGCUUUCUUAUCUUCUUUUCGCCAAGCUGCAUCCGAACGAACCACUACCGAGGCUGUCAUUGGGGUCUCAGGCAUCAGGGAUCUCAGUGAAGGUCCCUUGUCAGUAUAUAGCAUCUGAUCCCAUUCCUUUGCCGCUUUGAUCGCAAUCGUAAUUACCUCCGUGGGUGAGACCGUGACUCCAUUGAAUACAAACUUGUUGCGUUCUUUCCAUAUUAUCCAGAUGAUCCAAGGGAAGAUGGGACUUGUAACUACACCUGUUGGAGGUAGGCAAGGCGUUGCACAGAGUGUUGUCCAACGUUCCUCUAAGUCUACUAUUCCUCUAGGGUCAAAGUCCAAUGCUAAGGGGGCCCCUCGCCAUACCUGUUGAGCAAACGGACAGUGAAACAGUAGAUGAGUAAUAGAUUCAGAGACUCCACACCGUUUACAUCUCGGGUCAAUAUCAAUGUGUCUCUCCACCAGAAGAACUCUAAAAUCUUCUUCUAUAUCUACAACCCCACCAGUUUCCUUCUUUCCCCUUAAGUCAAAAUUAAAUUGCAAUAAAGGCGCUUCAUAGCAACUUGAUCAUCCACUAGCUCUUUGUCUGAAUUGGUAAUCAAGAAAGAGAGAGAACCAAGAAGAAGAAGAAUACAUCUGAUGAAAUGGGUCUUUUCCUUUCAUGCUUUUCGUCUCCCUCUUCAUCCAACACAGGUCUCCACACUCAUGCCUCGAUGAACAACCACAGUAAUGGAACAGGGUUCUCCUCGUCAACGUCCACCACCGCAGCGACGACAAACACUAGCGUCGGACAAUUCUCGGAGGCGGUAAGCGAGAGCUCCGGUGGGGUUAUGAGUUAUUCCGGCCAAAUCUUGGCAUCGCCAAAUCUAAAAGUCUACAGCUUUGCGGAUUUAGUUACGGCGACCAAGAACUUCAAACCGGAGUCGAUGUUGGGUCAAGGAGGUUUCGGUAAAGUUUACAGAGGUUGGAUCGAUGCCAAGACUCUUGCUCCGUCUAAAGUCGGUUCCGGUAUGAUCGUCGCCGUCAAAAGAUUGAAUUCCGAGAGUGUUCAAGGAUUCGCAGAGUGGCGUUCAGAAGUUAACUUCUUGGGGAUGCUUUCACACCCAAAUCUGGUCAAGUUAUUAGGAUACUGCCGUGAAGACAAAGAACUUCUGCUUGUCUACGAGUUCAUGCCCAAAGGAAGCCUCGAGAAUCAUCUUUUCAGACGAAGCGAGCCUUUUCCUUGGGACCUAAGGAUCAAGAUUGUGAUUGGUGCAGCUCGGGGCCUUGCAUUUCUUCACGGCUUACAAAGAGAAGUCAUAUAUAGAGACUUCAAAGCCUCCAAUAUACUUCUCGACUCGAAUUAUGAUGCAAAGAUUUCAGAUUUCGGUUUAGCAAAGUUAGGACCAUCACAAGAGAAAUCACACGUUACGACUAGGAUUAUGGGCACGUAUGGUUAUGCUGCUCCUGAAUAUAUGGCGACAGGCCACUUGUAUGUUAAGAGUGACGUCUACGCCUUCGGUGUGGUACUACUAGAAGUAAUGACCGGAUUAAGGGCACACAAUCCAAAACGGCCAAACGGACAAGAGAGUCUAGUCGACUGGUUAAGACCAGAACUCGUAAACAAACACCGAGUGAAACAUAUAAUGGACAAAGGAAUUGUAGGUCAAUACUCAUCCAAAGUCGCAGCAGAAAUGGGACGCAUUACACUCUUUUGCAUUGAGCCAGAUCCGAAAAACCGGCCCCACAUGAAGGAAGUAGUUGACGUACUCGAACACAUCCAACGCAUUAACGUAGUCCCAGACCGUUCUUCCACUAAAUCGGCUGUUGCUAGCUCAUCUCGUUCCUCACCACAUCGCUAUCAGUACGCAUAUCGAGCUGGUGCGGCAGGUCAACGAAGGGGGCCCUCGCCGCGAAAGCUUGGAGUAGAGAACGAAAUGGUUGCUUGAUGUUAUUAUUUUUUGGGCGAUACUAAAUGGUUUUGGCGUCGUUUCUGGUUAUAUUCUAUUUUAAAAUGAGAUUAAUUAUAUCUUCUUUAGUGUCCAUAUUCUUUGAGUGACUUGUGUAUAAUCCUCUACUUGUGUUGUAGUAUACUUUACUCAAGUUGCACAAGCGUUGCAAAAAUUUAUGAAGUCUGAUCAAAUAUAAUGUUGAUAUGAAUGGUGGAUGUCAAUAUGUU